AUGGCCCCCCGUCGACGCGCAGGACAAAACACCUCUUGCGGCCUUAUUUUGAUGACGAAGUUUUCGGUCUUCUGUUCCUUGGUCUUGCGCUUUGCGGCUGCAACCUUGGUUCACGUGCCUUACAUCGGCGGGCCGACCUGGGCCGAUGCUUUGGGAGCCGGGCCAUGUCGACAGAACUGCAGCACAGGCGACGCUCAGCCACAACAGGAGGAGAACGACAAGCAAGUUGGAAAACAUCAAGCUGCGACUUCGGAGGAAAGAACAAAUCCCACCGCAGCAAGCGGGAGUAAAGCCGCUUCUCAACAACCAGUAAACGAGGAGGAUCUGAAGGCACUGCACGCCUUCCACCAAAACCGGUCGUUCGUGCUUUCCCAGCGGUCGCGCCCGCGGAGACGGGUGUUGUGGAGUGGCCACUCCGAGCCACCCAGUCCCCCGCCACCGACGGAAAUGGAAGAGGCGGGUGGCGCGGAUCCGGGAAAGAUCGCGAAGUAA